AUGUGCUACUGUUCGUGUAUACGGCAAGCCGAAAGCAUGAUGAACGCGUCGAUGGCGCUGCCGUUCACGUGGCCUGGCAACGGAUUAACAGCACAUUCACUGCGUUGCCAUUUGAUUUUUUUCAGUGCUUCAAUAAAGAUGAAACGCUCAAUUGAUCAGCUGAGCGAGACGUGGUCAGUGGCAAAUGAAGUGGAUGUGGACAAGUUUUUGAGAUUUUAUAAGCGAUAUCGCAUCGUGACGCCGUUCAGCGAUCAUGAAAAUCUUAUUGAGGUUAGUUGA